CUGUUAAUGACAGAGAUUUACGGAGAUGGGCCUUGCAAGCCCAGAAGGAAAUAGAACAUGAAGAUUUCAGAUUAGCGCUUCAAACCACUGGUUUAAGCGUGCACACACAAUAGUAUCCAGGAAGAUUAAUACAUUUGUUUGGAUUUGGAUUAAAAAAUGUUUAUAAUUUUGAUCAAAGUGGCUUUCAGCUAGAAAUGCAUUCAAGAAGAACUUUCGCCGUCGAUGGAGAAAAACAAGUGCACUGCCUCGUUGAGUCAGUGGCAGCAAUAACACAUAGUUAUACAAUACACACGCUGAUAUCAAGUGAAGGGAAACUUUUUUCACCGUUGUUUCUAGUCUUGAAGGAACAAAGUGGCAAGUUUAGACCAGUAGUAGAGGCCAAUCGGUUUAGGGCCGAAAAUGUUCAUAUAGAAGCAUCAAAAUCUGGGAAACUUACUUCAGAUCACUUCAAAAUUUGGUUGGAGAAAAUAUAUUUUCCAAACGUGGGACCAAAUAGCGUUCUAUUAAUUGACGCAUGGAGUGGCCAUUGCCCUAGAACAGUAGCGAAAACUGCACCCGAGAACAGACAUAUCAAUGUACAAAGAAUACCAACGGGAACGACCAAUUAUCUUCACCGAGUACGUAAAUUUGUUCAAACAUUCUUGGUACAAAAGUGGGUACAUUGUUAACAAACCAGAAUAUUUUGAAAAUGCAGUUGAUAUUAGUUUCGGAGAAUCUUGUGCAACACAUUGUGAAAUUCAAGGAUACAAAAAUGUGGCUGUCAUUCGAUGUUCAUGGUGUAAAUAAUCGUUAUGUUCGAAACACUUUUUCGACGAUUAUCAUUAUUGAUACAUGUAUCUAAAAAUACAACAAAAAUAUAGAUACACAAAAAUGGCCGAAUUAACCAUUUUGAAGUAUUAUGAGAAAUUAACAUUCUGUUAAUUUUAAUGGUGGAAAAAUAAGUUCACAAAGUUCCAAUGGCUUGCAAUUUUUUAUGAGACAUUUUUAAUUUUGAAAUUUUUAUGUCAGAUUCUUUCCGAUUAAAAACAAUUUAACUUUUUACCUAUUAUGUGUUUGACUAAUUAAAAGAAAGUAAAAAAUAUUAUGUAAUCGGCUUUCAACCCCCAUCCCUUUAAGUAAUCGUCCGUGAUAUUUUAGCUGACCCCCUUCCCUGUUUUUAGGGCCACGUACAUAUGGAUGCCCCUUUUUCCCGUACCUGCUUUCUUCGAGAUGGCGAUAUAUCCAUUUUUAAAUUUCCCAGAAACAGCCACCCGAUCAAUCUCUUCGACAGGUUUUAUAAAAAAGAAAAAAAAACUGUUAAAAAUCUUAAGCUAAAAUGACCUAACGGAGCCCUUAAAUAAUGUUUAUAAAAUAAAGUAAAAGGUUAUAAAUCCUUUUUCCGCCAAAAGCAAGAAAGUUGAUGGGUCCGUUUGAAAAAUUUAAGUUUCUAUGAAGAAUCGUUUCUGAAAUUCUAUGUGAUGCAUUGCAAUUG